CGCUUUAUUUAUCGCAUUCGGCGCCAAAUUUGCAAAGCGUAAGUUUAAUGACUUUGCGAGCGCGCUGGUUUCAUAGGAUGCGUUUCUGCAGACCGCCUACAUUUUACUUUUGUUUUACCGCGAUGUCAUAACGCAUGAAGUAUGGACAGUUGUUUAAGUUGCCGUUGCGGCCGUGUUGAGUGAAUCUCCUGUUUGUUGCUCUCCCAACUUAGGAUUAUAAUGCUUUUGUGUUCACUAAAGACCGUUUUCCAACUUGCUCAACGCAUGAUUUACAAAUAUCCUGAGCAAGAAUGUUUCGGUCAACACAAAAAGUGUUAUUUUUGAUGCCAUCAAAGAAAAGAACUGAAUAUUUUCUUAGAAAACUAUCAGUGAAUCGAGUGAUAAUUAGUUUAUGAAUUGGAUGAAAUAAUUGCUUUGAUAAUCUAUUUCUCCAAAAACAUCGAUAAAAAUCUCAAGUCCAUCACAGUAUUAGUCAACCCAUUUUUAUUUUUUAAUUUUGAGCAUUUAUUUUUAAAUUUUGAAUGACUGACCGUUUUUUUUCUGUGUUAAUUUUUUCAGUAAAAAAUGAACAUCAAGCAAUGAGCACUUUAUGAGAUAUUUCGAUAUAAAAACAUAAGAAAACAGCAUCCAAUCAGAUUGGGUGAUUUAUUUUAAUUCGAACUCAACUUUUUUGUGCUAAGUAUUCUGCCCAAAAGACUGGAAAGAAAUAUAACAAUCUAGAAACAAACUGAAUGGCAUAAUAUGCCAAUUUUUUUCUAAUCACCAAAAAAAAAAAAAGAAGAAGAAGAAGAAACUUUUCUGAGAGAUAAAAAAGAGGCACCCUGUUAUGCACGAAAAGAACUAAAAUAAAUAAAUAAAAAUAAAAAAAUAAAAUAAAACGAAACCUGAUUUCCUAUUAGGUUAAAUAAAUAUGACAGAUUAAAAAUAAAAUAUUCACUUAAUAGAGGAAAAGAAAAUGAUUUCUGCGGAUGAUAAAAAAGGAGAGAAAUAAAGAACAAGAAAAGACAGAAAGAAAAAAAUAGAGGAGCCAACAGUGCACAGAAGUAACUAUCAGCAUACUUUGGUAUUAAAUUCCUCUAAAGUGAUUUUAGGUAUUAAGCGAUCGAGUGGAGAGGUAAUAUUUAGAAUACCCAUCAAUAGUUUGAAAGAUAGAGAGAGGGAGAGAAAGAGAGAGAGAGAAGUGGAUGAAAAGAGAGAGAAGAAUCCAGCAUCCAUUGGUGUGGUGAAGAGGCGCCUACCGCUUCCAAAAAGCGUCCAGUUUUCCCCCCGCGCCGAAGAUCGCGCCGAAACCCACCGUGAUUGGCCCGCCUCGCCCAAAUAGCCAAUCAAGAGCGGCACUGUCCCUGGAGUGCCAAAGUCCACAGCGACGCUGCGCCACUUUCACACGCCGAUCGUGCCAAACCCGUCGGCUCUUCCCCUGACUCUUCUUUCUUCACCUUCUCCCCCGACGGAGUGUCCGCUGCAUACGACAACUCUGACCCAUGCGAUUCGAAUCUGCCGAUUUCGGACCGGGGAUGGCUUAUCAUCCGUUCUUGCUGCCCCCGGCCAGGCAUUCGCACCAGACGGACUUUAGUAUGAACUCAAUUCUCACCCAGCCGCAUUACCUGGCCCUCCAGAGCUUCAAUCCGGCCCUCGCUGCUGCGGCGGCGGCCGCCUGCUAUCCGCCACCGGCGGCCCUCUUUCCGAAGCCGCCCGUGCCGCAGCAUCAUUUGACGGCGGAGGAAGUGUUGGCGGCGCCCCACCUCAGGCCGCUCAGGACUCUCGAGCCUGAAGACGAUGGGGUGCAAGAUGACCCCAAAGUGACCCUCGAGGCCAAGGACCUGUGGGAUAAGUUCCACGCGCUAGGCACCGAGAUGGUGAUCACCAAGUCAGGAAGGCGAAUGUUCCCAGCUUUCAAAGUUCGAGUCAGUGGUCUAGACAAGAAGGCCAAAUAUAUUCUGUUGAUGGACAUUGUUGCUGCAGACGAUUGUCGUUAUAAGUUCCAUAACAGCAGGUGGGUCGUGGCCGGCAAGGCAGACCCAGAAAUGCCCAAAAGAAUGUACAUACACCCAGACUCCCCAUCCACUGGAGAACAGUGGAUGCAAAAAGUGGUCUCCUUUCAUAAAUUGAAACUGACCAACAACAUAUCCGACAAACAUGGAUUUGUAACGCAGACAAUCCUGAACUCGAUGCACAAAUACCAGCCGAGGUUCCACCUGGUGCGGGCAAAUGACAUCCUCAAGCUCCCUUAUUCCACCUUCAGGACGUAUGUCUUCAAGGAGACGGAGUUCAUCGCUGUCACUGCCUACCAGAAUGAAAAGAUAACACAGCUGAAAAUCGACAAUAAUCCGUUUGCCAAAGGUUUUCGAGACACAGGAGCUGGAAAGAGAGAAAAGAAUAACGUGCCCGUACCGUUCUCCAGGCGCCAGGCGAUGCUUCUCAACCAGCAACGUAGCCAGUCGCCCCACCACUCCCAAGGCGGAGCACAGCACCUGCCAUCCUCCACAUCCUCUGCCGGGGCGCACCACGGGGACGCGGGGGACGAGUCCAGCGACGAUGACGAAAAAGUGGACGUUGGAGGCACGGCCGACUUGCAAGCCUCAGUAGCGUCCCUGUCUUGUGGAAAAGACGAUUUGCUGUCUAGAGAGGAAAGAAGAGAAAACGGUUGUACAAGAGACGACAGUGGCGAUGAUAGCAUGGAGAAACCUCUGUCAUCCCUCAAUCCUCUAGACCACAAUGGAUCUUCAAGAGACUACAAGGACAAUGGUUUGGAUAGCAUGACAGGACUGCCAAAAUCCGUGCAACCAAAUGUGACCGUGGGACCUGGCAUGCCGCAUCCCCACCUUCUGCCGUACUUAUACCCACCAGCCCUGUACUCUUCAAGUAUGAACCAUUUACCUCUUUCGCAACUUUUCCUCCCUGGAGCAACAUGUGCCUCAGGCCCCAGUCAUCCCUUACCUCUGUCACUCUUCACUUCCAGUGGACAUCCAUCCCCAGCAUUCUCGGCUUCGCAUCUGGCUCAGAGUUCGUUGAGUUCCUCCUCACAAGGAGUUGGAUCUCUUCCCAGCAUGGGCCAUAAUCUCUUGCUGAAUGCUCAACUGGCCUUCGCGGCUGGUCACUCCAUGUUCCAUGGAUAUCCACCACCACAUUCACUAGACGGCGCCCUCCCUUCCAGUGCAGCGGGCAAUGGAGGUCUUCUAGCAACGGCUGGAACAGUUGGUAGUAAAGUAAAACCACACAGGUUUUCACCUUAUCCUUUACCAUUAACUACAAUGACCAGUACCACGCCAGCGACGCCACUUACAGUUCCAACCGAAGUGGUCAGGUCACCACUAUCUACAUCACCUUACGACGGUUCGUCAGGAAGCCUCGCUCCUCACCUAAAUCAUAAUUCCCUAAACAAACUUGGUGCUGUGUCGCCACAUGGUUCCGAGUGCGGUAGCUCGGAUGGCUCAGUCGGACCAUCAUCAGUGUCUUCUUCUAGUGACUUGAAGAACAUAGAGAACAUGGUGAAUGGUCUCGAGAGACAACAAGAACAAUUAGCGGCCGAAACUUUGACGAGGCUAACAGAAAAGUAGAACUUAACGACGCAUUUCAUUUCAGAGAGAAAAGUCAAAAUCAUGUCUUCAUCAGGGGACAUUGCAAUUAGUCAACUUUACCGGAGUAAAAUCGACUGAAAGGCCAGUUGACUUCGUCUUCAGUUGGAGCCUGAGAAUCAAGGUUGUUUUCGUGCAAGAAUUUUUGCUUCGAGUAGCCAGUGAUAUGUAACUCUGUACAUUGUAAUUCAUGACUGUUUCCCCCCUCUUUUUUCCUAUUUGUACAGCGAUAGAGUUUUGCUUCCAAACCAAAGACAACUAAAAUUACAAACUUUGCAUUUCCUUGAAGCUAUGAAACGUAUUCUUCAAUACGUUGUGGUUUAUAGCUGACUUGAGUGGCUUCAUUAAGAUUUUUCGGGAUGUGUACAGUUACCGAAGUCCCAUGGCGAUCCUUCGCUAUCAACUUGACACUUCACUGCGGUAUUGAACAGCUUUACGUUUGUAUUUUUUUAAGUACUUUGACAGUGGAAUCUCCGCCGUAAAGCUCAUCUUGGGUAAUUUGCAUGAGUGUAGCUGAUAACUUGUACAUUUUUAUGGGUUCAGUAAAAAGGAUCAACUUUAGAGUGAACCCACAAAAUUUUUUUUUUCAAAAUGUAGAAAAUAUUAUUUAAUUAUCAUUAUAAAAUUAUAUCUCAAAGUAUUUCGAAUUGUAAGGUUUUAUUAUCUGUUCUGGCACGGCUGUGUACGCCGACCGUAACAUCAAAAGUGAUGUGAAAAGUGUAUAUUCUGUAUUCAUUGGCAAUAAACUUUGUUUUGUAAAUAUUAGUUUGAAAAUAGAGAUAAAUAAAAAUUAAUUUGAUUUCGUUUUUAAAUUAUCAUAAUAAAUAUGUAGAAAUGUAAAUGAAAAGCCGUUAAUAAAAUUAUUGCCAAUUGAUUAAAAAGCGUCAUUUGUGAUGAUUUAAUUAAUUCAAAAUAAAAAAAAAGGAAGUUACAUUUAUAGUUAUUUAAAAAUUAUAAAGUGACAUUACAAUUUAAACCAUUAAAGUUUCCUAUUUACAUUAAGUAAACAUUAUUUCUAUGAAAUGAUUAAGACUAUUUGUUUAAUCAAAUUCCAUAAAUUUUGAAUAUUACUGUAUUAGUUUACAUUAAAAUUCUCAUAUGAUUUUUUUGAAGAUGUAUUAGAGAAUUCUUUUUGAAACUUUCUGAUUUCUUUAACUUAAUUUAAAUGAAUUUAAGUGAAUAUUGUUAGGUAUUUUAUUUUUUACUAUCCUCCCUUAUCUAAAGCUGUAACAAAAUGCCAAAGAGGCAUUCAUAUGACCAGAGCCCAAAAAAUACGUUAUAGCACUACUAUUUAUGAAUUUUCUGUAUUAUAGCAGUAGCUGUAUAUGUUGUAAGGUUUCUUUUGUGGUGUUGCAUUAAAGAUUGAGUGUUCUAUAUUUAA